UCCUGGCAAUGGGGUGGCUCAAAGCCCAGCGGAACAGUUGCUGAAGUGAAGGAGCACGGCGACCUUUCUAUCCAGUCCAACAAGGGCAACACCAUUACCAAGAACGCGUCUCCCGACGAUCCGGCCGUGCACCUUGCUCGGGAGGGCAACGACGUCGUCAAGCGCGCGCAUGAGCUCACUGUCGACAAGCCGGCC